AUGGCUGCGGAGCUGCUGGGCUCUGAGGACCUACCCGGUGGCUGGAACCUUGCUUGUUGGGCACUGAAGACUUACCAAGAAGGAAAGCUUUGGGUCCUGCAGCUGAUGUUGAAACCAUGGUGCGUCUCCAGGGCUGUCUACCAGAUGACGGAGGGCCGUCGAUGUCAAGUACACCUUCUGGAUGACAGGAAGCUGGAACUCCUGGUACAGCCCAAGCUUUUGGCGAAGGAGCUCCUAGACCUUGUGGCUUCUCAUUUCAACCUGAAGGAAAAGGAAUACUUUGGAAUCGCAUUCACAGAUGAGACGGGACAUCUCAACUGGCUUCAGCUAGACCGGAGGGUGCUGGAACACGAUUUCCCCAAGAAGUCGGGACCCGUGGUGUUGUACUUUUGUGUCAGGUUCUACAUCGAAAGCAUUUCCUACCUGAAGGACAACGCCACCAUCGAGCUGUUCUUCCUGAAUGCCAAGUCCUGCAUCUACAAGGAGCUUAUUGACGUUGACAGUGAAGUGGUAUUUGAAUUAGCUUCCUACAUUUUACAGGAAGCAAAGGGAGAUUUUUCUAGCAAUGAAGUCGUGAGGAGCGACCUGAAGAAGCUUCCAGCCCUUCCCACGCAAGCCCUGAAGGAGCACCCCUCUCUAGCCUACUGUGAAGACAGAGUCAUUGAGCACUACAAGAAACUGAAUGGCCAGACAAGAGGACAAGCCAUUGUAAACUAUAUGAGCAUCGUGGAAUCUCUCCCGACCUACGGGGUUCAUUAUUAUGCCGUGAAGGACAAGCAGGGGAUACCAUGGUGGCUGGGACUGAGCUACAAAGGAAUCUUCCAGUACGACUACCAUGAUAAAGUGAAGCCCAGGAAGAUAUUCCAGUGGAGACAGUUGGAAAACCUGUAUUUCAGGGAAAAGAAGUUUUCAGUGGAAGUUCAUGACCCCCGCAGGGCUUCGGUGACCCGGAGGACCUUCGGACACAGUGGCAUUGCAGUACACACGUGGUAUGCGUGCCCGGCAUUGAUCAAGUCCAUUUGGGCAAUGGCAAUUAGCCAGCACCAGUUCUAUCUGGACAGAAAGCAGAGUAAGUCUAAGAUCCAUGCGGCACGAAGUCUGAGCGAGAUUGCCAUCGACCUCACAGAAACGGGGACCCUGAAGACCUCGAAGCUGGCCCACAUGGGGAGCAAGGGGAAGAUAAUCAGCGGCAGCAGUGGAAGCCUGCUCUCCUCAGGUUCUCAGGAAUCGGAUAGCUCUCAGUCGGCCAAGAAAGACAUGCUGGCUGCCUUGAAAUCCAGGCAGGAAGCGCUGGAGGAGACCCUGCGCCAGCGGCUGGACGAGCUGAAGCGGCUGUGUCUCCGGGAAGCGGAGCUCACCGGGAAACUGCCAGUUGAAUAUCCUCUGGAUCCAGGCGAGGAGCCGCCUAUUGUUCGGAGAAGAAUUGGGACUGCCUUCAAGCUGGAUGAACAGAAGAUCCUGCCCAAAGGAGAGGAAGCGGAGCUGGAGCGGCUGGAGCGGGAGUUCGCCAUUCAGUCCCAGAUCACCGAGGCCGCCCGCCGCCUGGCCAGCGACCCCAACGUCAGCAAGAAGCUGAAGAAGCAGAGGAAAACCUCCUACCUGAACGCGCUGAAGAAGCUGCAGGAGAUCGAGAACGCCAUCAACGACAACCGGAUCAAGUCUGGGAAGAAGCCCACGCAGAGGGCCUCACUGGUCAUCGACGAUGGAAAUAUCGCCAGCGAGGACAGCUCCCUCUCAGAUGCUCUUGUUCUUGAAGAUGAAGACGCUCAGGUUACCAGCACCAUAUCCCCCUUACAGUCCCCACACAAGGGGCUCCCCCCGCGGCCGCCAUCCUCUCACAACCGGCCCCCGCCCCCCCAGUCCCUGGAGGGGCUCCGGCAGAUGCACUACCACCGCAGCGACUACGACAAGUCCCCCAUCAAGCCCAAGAUGUGGAGCGAGUCGUCCUUGGAUGAGCCCUACGAGAAGGUCAAGAAGCGCUCCUCCCACGGUCACUCCGGCAGCCACAAGCGCUUUCCCAGCACCGGGAGCUGCGCGGAGGCCGGCGGCGGGGGCAGCGGCUCCCUGCAGAACAGCCCCAUCCGGGGCCUCCCGCACUGGAACUCGCAGUCCAGCAUGCCGUCCACGCCAGACCUGCGCGUCCGCAGCCCCCACUACGUCCAUUCCACGAGGUCGGUGGACAUCAGCCCCACGCGGCUGCACAGCCUGGCCCUGCACUUCCGACACCGGAGCUCCAGCCUGGAGUCGCAGGGCAAACUGCUGGGCUCGGAGAACGACACGGGGAGCCCGGACUUCUACACCCCGCGGACUCGUAGCAGCAACGGCUCGGACCCCAUGGACGACUGCUCGUCGUGCACCAGCCACUCGAGCUCGGAGCACUACUACCCGGCGCAGAUGCACGCCAACUACUCGACGCUGGCCGAGGACUCGCCGUCCAAGGCGCGGCAGCGGCAGCGGCAGCGGCAGCGCGCGGCGGGCGCGCUGGGCGCGGCGAGCUCGGGCAGCAUGCCCAACCUGGCGGCGGCGCGCGGGGGCGCGGGCGGCGGCGGCGGCGGCGCGGGCGCGGGCGCGGGCGCGGGCGGCGUCUACCUGCACAGCCAGAGCCAGCCCAGCUCGCAGUACCGCAUCAAGGAGUACCCGCUGUACGUGGAGGGCGGCGCCACGCCCGUGGUGGUGCGCAGCCUCGAGAGCGACCAGGAGGGCCACUACAGCGUCAAGGCGCAGUUCAAGACCUCCAACUCCUACACGGCCGGGGGGCUGUUCAAGGAGAGCUGGCGCGGCGGCGGGGCCGGGGGCGGCGGGGACGAGGGCGACGCGGGCCGCCUCACCCCCUCGCGAUCGCAGAUCCUGCGGACUCCGUCGCUGGGCCGCGACGGCGGCGGCGGCGGCGGCGGCGCCCACGACAAGGGCGCGGGGGGGCGCGCCGCCGUGUCGGACGAGCUGCGCCAGUGGUACCAGCGCUCCACGUCCUCCCACCGCGAGCACUGCCGCCUGUCCCACACCAGCUCCACCUCCUCCGACAGCGGCUCCCAGUACAGCACCUCCUCCCAGAGCACCUUCGUGGCGCACAGCCGGGUCACCAGGAUGCCCCAGAUGUGUAAGGCCACGUCAGCUGCCUUACCUCAGAGCCAGAGAAGCUCAACGCCGUCCAGUGAGGUUGGAGCCACCCCCCCGAGCAGUCCCCACCACCUCCUGACCUGGCAGACGGGGAGCUACACGGACAGCUGCUUCCUGGAUUCCUCCCUCUAUCCAGAACUAGCUGACGUCCAGUGGUACGGGCAGGAGAAAGCCAAGCCCGGGACCCUCGUGUGAGCCAGCCCGACGCCAUUCUGUCACCUCACUGCCUCUCAUUUGCCUUACCCAGACGCACUGUCACCUGCACCAGCUUCCACCCUCAGCACUUUUUUUUUUUCUCCUGUCUCCGCAAUCCCUUCAAGCCCUCAAAUACCUGACUGAGGAGACAUUCUGGAAGGUUCCGGUCCCACUGUGUGUCCCCCUGGCUCUCUUGCCCACGGAGAGCCAGACAGCAAAAAUCCUCCAUGGCGCCUUGGUGGCUUCCCUCUGCCAGGCACCAUCCGGGAAGCCAGCACGCGUGAACUCCUGCAGACAAGCAGCCAAGGGAGAGAAGGGAAAGGAAGAUCCACCCGCAGACAGCCGGCGGCCAUAGCGCCCCCCAUGCCCUUCAAGUCUCCCCCCAUUUCCUCCUGAGUGAGACAGCCUGCAAGGAGCGGCCAUGGGAGAGAGAGAAAGGAAGCCUAAGCCCUUCAGAGAUGCAUCGGAAGAUUCGCGAUCAGUUCUACGCUGCCAAAGAUUAAACACAUGCAAAAACGAAACAAAAACAAACCAAUACAAGGGGCCAAGAGGAAGACAUUCUUUCUGCAAUGAGACGUUCGACUCUGCAUACCCCAAGCGAAAGCCAACCUUCGUCAGUCGUGUCUUCAGUCCAUCUCCCUUCCAAGUCCUCUUCCCCCUCCUGAGAGCUGUGAAAAGUAGCCCCACGGGGUGGUGGCCGCAAGGCCCCUCCGCCUCAAUGACUCCAUCCAUCCAGACACCAGGGAAUCGGCCCCUGUGGGGAGCAGUGCCCAGGCCCUGCUUUCCUGCAGGAAACUUGAAGGUGACCACUGUGCAAAGUGGUUCUCCCUCGUGAAAGCCACCGCCAGUCAAAGUCUAUAACCUGUGUUUUCCGCAAGGUGUUUCAUUUGCUUCUCGUUUUUAUGGGAAACCAAGGGAAAAAAGCACAUUGCCAGCCAGCCAACUGUGUUCCUCUGUCGUGGCUCAUUUUUUUUCUGUUCCUUAGCACUUGUGUGACAAGCAGCUCAGCUCCGACGUCUGUGUGUCACUAACUCAAAGAGCCCAGCCGUGCCCUUAGGUGGGAAGAUGUGUACAUGUGUGUCUACCAGCCGGCAGGCAGAGCAGGGUUGAAAAAAAAUUAAAAAAUAAAACAAAUUAGCUCCCGAAGGGCCCAACUACUACAGCAAUUAUCAGUCGCCUCGAAGCGCCCCCUUGGUUUGCAAACACCAAGGGAAAAGGAGGAAGAGAACGCGCGUGGGAGCUGCCGUUUACAUGUGUUCUGAGCAAUGCUUAAGACACAACCGGAAAGCCAUCAAACUCCAAAGGCCUCAAAAA